UCGUCACCGCCUGACUCCAAUCAGCCUGCUGACACUUCUCUGUUUUCCUUUUUUUUUUCGUCAAAUUAUUUCCUCUCUUAAAUCAAAUUUUUUUAAAAACGCUUCCAUCACCGGGGAUUUACACUUUAAUUUCUGACUAAAUGACAAACUGUCUGCCUGCUGGGAGGACAGCCGGUGCGGUGAUAAUACUGGGGGAUGCCCUUGACUUGGAGAGACAGAGAGAGAGAGAAAGAGAGAGAGAGGGAGAAAGGGAGAGCAGCAUCACCAUGUAAGGUACCGCUAUGAGGGAAUAAAAACAAUAGGAUUGUGAUGGUGUUGUGUUUUGGCAGGGGUGUCAGAGAUGCGGCGCAGACUCUGCAAGUUCACCCUGUCCCUGCGAGGCGUCACAGCAGCCACAUUUUGCUGAGAGAAGCCGCCUGGAAAGUGGAAAUGUUGUGCAUCUGCUGGGAGUCCCGAGCUGAGGAGGCCUGAGCGUCUCCUCCUCCACAUCAGAUGGUGGCAGAAGGCAAGUGUGCACGGCAAGAUAAACAAACCAGCUCUGUAGAUAAGCAAACGCUGAGGCGCUGAGCCCUUUUCCCUUCUCCCCUCUUGGUUGCCGCUCUUGCUUUUUUGUGGGGUGGCCUUUCUUGGCACCACAGACGCUGUUUGAAAGACUUGAUGUACCUUUUUAAUAAUAAAUGAGCCGGGCAACAGCCUCUGAACUGUAAAUGCAGGCUUAGUGGACUGUUUAUUUUUUAUGCACUGAAAGAAAGCCGGGUUUGACUGGGAAAGAUGGCGACUGAGCACGAGGAAAACGAGCUGUCCGAGUCCCUUCGGAAGGAGUACAGCUCCUCCGGCGAGCUCGAGGAGACGGGCGGCAACUUGAAAUCCAAAAGUUUGCCGGUUUUGAACGAAGUGGCGCCACAGGAGGAGACCUUGCUGACCGGCUCUGUGCAGAUGAACAUCACUGCCGAGGAGAGCACAGAGUUCAUCCAGCCUCCGGCCAAGACCGAGUCCUUUCAGGCCGAAUCCCCGACAAGAACAAACUACCUGCCCAAGCCAGGUAAGGCGGCGCUCAACAGGCCGAGCUCCUACAUGGAGAACACCGAGAUCCGUAGGAGUAAAAACCUGGCGAGGAGGAAAGCGCCGGGAUUUUUCGCCGCCAGGCUGGCUCAGCUCCGACUGCCCAGCAGGAAAUAUCUCAGCGUCAUCCUGCAGGACUCUCGCUGCUUCCUGUUCUGCAUGUGCUACCUGACGUUCAUCCAGUCGCUCAUGGUGUCAGGUUACCUCAGCAGCGUCAUCACCACCAUCGAGAAGCGCUACAGCUUGCGCAGCUCCGAAUCGGGCCUCCUCGUCAGCUGCUUUGACAUCGGGAGCCUCCUAGUGGUCGUCUUUAUUAGCUACUUUGGCGGACGGGGCCAGAGGCCUCGCUGGCUGGCGGUGGGCGGGGUCUUCAUCGCCGUGGGCGCCGCUCUCUUCUCUUUACCUCACUUCAUCUCGCCGCCCUACCAGAUCCAGGAAGUCAACUCGUCUUCGGCCAAUGAAGGCCUGUGCAUGAACAGUAACGCCAGUGGCAGGGACCACGUCGAUGUCGCCUCCUGUCCCAGAGACCAGGAGGGAAACGAACACAACCUGUAUGUGGCGCUGUUUGUCAUCGCCCAGAUCCUGGUGGGGAUGGGAUCCACACCCAUCUACACCCUGGGACCCACCUACCUGGACGACAACGUCAAGAAGGAGAACGCCUCCUUGUAUCUAGCUAUCAUGUACGUGAUGGGAGCUCUGGGCCCGGCGGCUGGUUACCUCCUGGGUGGAGUCCUCAUCGGCUUCUACGUCGACCCCAAAACCGUCGUCAACAUCGACCAGAGCGACCCCCGCUUUGUCGGCAACUGGUGGAGCGGCUUCCUGCUGUGCGCCGUGGCCAUGCUGCUCGUCAUCUUCCCCAUGUUCACCUUCCCCAAGAAGCUGCCGCCGCGACACAAGAAGAAGAAGAGGAGGAAAAAGGUGAGCCUGGACGACCUGUCGAGCGACGACGACGUCCUCAAGGAGAAGAGCAACAACAACAAGAGCCAAACGGUCACCUCGUCCAUGGGCUUCGGCAAGGACAUCAAAGACCUGCCCAAAGCGGCGGUGAGGAUCCUCAGCAACGUGACGUUUCUGUUCGUCAGUCUGUCCUACACGGCCGAGAGCGCCAUCGUCACGGCCUUCAUCACCUUCAUCCCAAAGUUCAUUGAGUCUCAGUUCGGCAUCCCGGCCUCCAACGCCAGCAUCUACACCGGUGUGAUCAUCGUACCCAGCGCUGGCGUGGGGAUCGUACUGGGCGGCUACAUCAUCAAGAAGCUGAAGCUUGGUGCUCGCGAGUCGGCGAAGCUCGCCAUGAUCUGCAGCGGAGUCUCCCUGCUCUGCUUCUCCACGCUCUUCAUCGUGGGCUGCGAGAGCAUCAACCUCGGAGGCAUCAACAUCCCCUACACCACCGGGCCUACCCUGACCAUGACCCAGAGGAACCUGACUGGAGGCUGUAAUGUGAACUGUGGUUGUAAAAUCCACGAGUACGCUCCGGUCUGCGGCUCCGAUGGCAUCACCUACUUCAACCCCUGCCUGGCCGGCUGCAGCAGCGUGGCCAACGACAGCACCGGGAUUCGUAACUACUCGGACUGCGCCUGCGUCCAGAGCCGCCAGGUCAUCACGCCGUCGUCCAGCGGGCAGGGCAGCAACCAGCUGCAGCUCGUCAUCGUCAAGACGUACCUGAACGAGAACGGAUACGCCGUGUCGGGGAAGUGCGACCGCACCUGCAACACCCUCAUCCCCUUCCUCAUCUUCCUCUUCAUCGUCACGCUCAUCACUGCCUGCGCCCAGCCCUCGGCCAUCAUCGUCACCCUCAGGUCUGUAGCGGAGCAGGAAAGGCCUUUCGCUCUGGGAAUGCAGUUUGUUCUCCUCAGGACUCUCGCCUACAUCCCGACGCCCAUCUACUUCGGCGCCGUCAUCGACACCACCUGCAUGUUGUGGCAGCAGGACUGCGGCGUCCACGGCUCCUGCUGGGAGUACGACGUCACCUCGCUGCGCUUCGUCUACUUCGGCCUCGCCGCCAGCCUCAAGUUCCUCGGCUUCCUCUUCAUCUUCCUCACGUGGUACUCCAUCAAGUACAAGGAGGAGCGGGUGGAGCGCUGGCUCAAACGCCACCUGUCACCCGCCGACACCGUGGGCAGCCUCGUCUGCCACCCGGGCGGUCACAAGGGCCACGCCCGCACCCGCUCCUGCCCCGUCAACAUCCCCCGGAGCGACCCCAACGCCCCCCACGCCGGAGCGCCAACCGCCGGCGCCCUCAACCGUGGCGUCAGCACCCAGAGUUGCCCCGGCAACGAGCUGAAAGCAAUAACUCCACCUCCGGCGCCGUCGCCAAAAGCCACCGCGGCGCCCGCCCCGACGCCGGCUCGCUCUCUGGAACACGUCUCAGUCCGAGUCUGAGUGGGAAAGCGGGCGGAAAGACAAAAGGCGAGGCUGGAAAAUGAAAAAAAAAAAAAAGCCAGCCGGUAAGUUUGUGUGCUUUACCAGCCACCAAACACAACGUGGAGGUACUCUUCUGUUUGGAACGAUGGUCACCUGUGGGUGCAGCUGGCACGUUGGUCUCCUCCAGCUACUUUUCAGGUCACCACCCCCGCGUGGAGGGCAAACUCCAAUCUGAACACCACUGUUGGCGGGUGAAACGGCGAAAGUGGCUGAUCGGAUUCUCUGCGUCUCCAGCCGCUUUGGGGAACAAGCCGCCACCAUCUGGGUGACUCAGCGUGAAAAAUCUGCUCGGUCGGUUAAAAUAUCAACCGGGUGUUUUUUUUUUUUUUUUUGUUUUGUUUUUUUGUUUUGUUUUUUGUGAUUUGGCCGCUGUGGCCAGUGGACGAACAUUUAGCUUCACCGCUCCAGAUGAAAGAAGAGUUCAUCGCUCAUAAACCCGCCUGCCCCACCUCGGCAAUGUGUGCCUUUUCUCACUACAGUCCUCACAUGUGUAUGUACACACACUCACUCCGACACACUGGACGUCCCACAGACAGACGGCGGUCACCCUGUAGAGAUAGGAUUCACCGGAACAGAUACCUCAGCUUAGCCAAUCCUCCUGCUUCCCCCUUCACCUUCUCAAUGUGUUUGUGUGUAUGUAUGUAUGCGUGUGUGUGUGCGCGCGUGCAGGUUUUUUUUUUUUUAUUUUAUUUUAUUUUUUCAGCAUCAUGUGAGUGUUUUUCUUUCCUGAUGGACACUGCAUAUCGUCUCUCACCGAUAAGAAAAAAAAAAAAAAAAAACACUGGAAAUGUGAUACACUGCAAAUAAGUGUUAAGAACUGGAAACCGAUGGCAUGGUGCUAUGUGAAAAAAAGAUGUUAAGCGUCCAUUUUUUUUUGUUUUUUUUAGUGUUUAAAAAACUUGAAAAGAACCCAACUGGACAAUAGGUCACUGGGCUAAGCAGCUUGGCAUGCACAAAACGCAUUCCUGUCCGUUGCAAGGCCUUUUGUUGCUCCCCUUUUUUACACAAUGGCGCGUAGUAUUACCUUCUGCCAGCUCCAUACAAUGUGUCCACACAUCAGCCCCCUUUUCCCCACACUGGCACCUUUUUUCUAAGUGGUUUACCUAAAAGAAUAGGAUUGGCAUUUUCCUCCUGAGCUCAUAGCAGGCUGGACAAGACACCCGGCUCCCUACACCGACCUGGAAACGCCUGGAAUGCAAAAUGAAUCAGAUCGUUUCCCGCUCUGGGAAAAAAAUUUGAGACUGGACAGGAAAAGCGCUCUAAAUAUGGGAUGUAUCUGAGACUAUAGGAAUGACAUCCUUCUGACAUUUUACCAGGCUUAGUGAGGCUUAUCUACUAAACUAAUAAUAAGUAAAAUGAAAAAAAGGAAUACCACACCAUGUGUUAAACAUGGAGGCGGGCGAGUGAUCUACCAUUAUUUAGAGGUCACAGUAAAUUCUUGAAGCCUAGUUAGCUUGUAAAGUAGAGAAAGUGGCAGGUAAAUUUCGGGGUCCACUGAGCGUCUGUAGAUUAAGUUUAGAACAAUAGUCAAUGCUGAUUUAAUGGAUGAAACCUUUUUGCCUGAAAGAAAAUGAACUGCAGUUUUUCCUGACUGCAUACCAGGCCAGACAAUAGGCCGCGGUUUGCACGCACGCUUUGGAAACGUAUGGAAUGCAAAAGGAACGUGACGCCGUCCGGACUCUGAAAAAGUUUCAGAUUGUGUCAAAAACUCCGGAAAGGCACGGAAAACGCCGCCAGACGCAGUCACUGUUCUAGACCCGCCGUCAUUUCAUAUGUCGUGGUGUUUGCUGUUGUGACUGUUAAUCUUCACUAUAGAAGACCGUCACAUUACCCAGCCGUGAUCACUGCAUACCGAGCACUGACCAAAAUCUUCUGCUCCUGUCAAGAAAUUAAAGUCGGGUUAUUUUGACAAGGAAAAUGUGUGCAGGGUUCAAAGGAGAGACGAUCAUUCUGGAGCAACAACGCUGCCGUGGGUGGGAAAUGACAGGUUACCAGCCACAUGUUGGUCAUUACUGACUGUGGCUGGUACCUUUUGACUGUACCAGCCACCCGGGCAGGCAAACCAGGCAGAAAACACACCGCUGCUCUUUUCUGAGGAUGUAAUUAGGAGGUAAAACAGUGAAAGCAGCUGCACAGCUUUGGGGUUUAGUAGACAAAAAAAAAAAAUCUGACGGCGACAUUUUAAUGGGGAUGGAUUGAUGUUUACUUUAAAGGCCGAAACAGAUAUCCAACAUCUUCCCAACAUCAUACCAAUACAGAUAUCCAUUGGAGUGCAAAUGCAGGUUGAGUUUUUCAGACUGGCCUCGCUAAAGGUAACUGGUUUGCUAAUUUGACUAUGUGAAUGUCACACUCCCAGAAAAAAAAGGUCACAAGAAGGCCAGAAUCCACAGUCAUGUGCCUGUGUAUCGUUCCAAACCUCGCAUUUUAAAGUCCGAGGGGUUUCUCUGGUCUGUUAAAAGGAGAUUGUGGCCGCGUAACCAGGUUUUAAUCUACAGCCGCUUUGACGUUUUGGCAUUUUACUCCACUUAUUUUCUAAAGCGCAGACUCUCGGCUUGCAUUUUCUUCCUGGCAAACAAACGGCGUUAAAGCAAAGAGAAUCACUGAUGACUGCCAAGACUGUAUUAAGUUCCCCUUUCCCUCCUUCCUUUUUUGCCUUUUGUGUGUUUUUUUAUUCUUUUUUUUUUCUUCAUGCUGGCCUAAAUCAGAAAAGGUCCACCUCAGUGUUGACUCUGUCUAUGAUUUCUGUUCUGUCAUGUUGCCUGUGAGGUUUAAUGUUUCAUGUUUUAUGUAAAUACACACACACACAAAAGAUGCAAUAGCUCAGACCGCAGUGCUCUGAGGACACCUGCUGGUCAGAUGUGGAACAACAUGUAUGUAGACACAGGAACACACACUGACAGAAAUUCACCACAUGAUCUCUCAGGUUCUUGGUUCAGUGGGAUCUACUAGAUUAGAAACAGCAGAGCAGAGGUUAGUUUGCUGCAACACAUGUUUUAUUUUAACCGAAAACGGCAAGGCGGCAGCCGGGGGGGGCGGACGGUACGGAAGAGUCUGUCCAAGACUUGCAAGAAAAAUAUAUAAUUUGAUUUUACACCGAGGGGGAUCAACGCUCCGAGGACCGUGUAACUUGACUCAACAUGUAAAUGUAAACUUUUAAUCCAAAUAUGAGAAAUCAAAACACACAUCAAAUCACAUUCAUGGUAUUUUCACACCCACAUACACAAACAACCAUAAUGUUCCUGCAUGGGGAAUGCAAUAUGGCAUUCUGUUAGGAAAAAACUGGAGAUUUUUGUUCGAUGAAAUUAGUCCAAUUUUUAUGAUUGUAACUCGGCUGAAUGUCCAGUCAGGGGAAGAAGACGUCAGGUUGUCGAACCUUUGGGACAGACAAACCAGCCACAGCUUUUUGUUUUGUUUUUCCCCACAAACUGAAUGAUUGCAGUGAACUUUUGUGUAUUGGGGAAGUUAUUUGUUGGAACAUCCAGUAUUGCUAUAUGCCUGCCGAAAAAAACAGGGACAAAGAAAACUUGACGCAUGGUUCCAGUAGUCAGUCAGCGACACAGUAGAGACAGUAGAGUAGAGUAGAAAUCACUCGACAUCCCAUGUUUCACGUCUGCAAAAGCAUAAUGGUGAGAGUAGUCAUUUGUAGAGAGUCACAUUUAGGCGUGCUGCCUCAGUAACACUAACUCCAACUUUUUCUGUGUGCGAAACAUCCCGCCCCCGUUCUUCUGGUCUCGUCAUCUCGAAUCAUUCGCCAAGUCACAGAAAUCACACCGAGCGUACGAAAACGGCGACGUCACCUUCCUCGUGUUGAAGUUUCAUUCCUUAAAGGAGAAAUCCACCUCAGACUUGAGUCUUCAUCUUUAUUCCUUAAAGGAGAAAUCCACCUCAGACUUGAGUCUUCAUCUCCAUCAUUUCACCGCUUCCAUGUUGAAAAAAAAAAAAAACUGAGAAAGAAAAACAAAAGUCUGUAUUUCCAGAUUUUUUAAAAAAGCCAUUAGCGGCCGUUAGCUCGUGUUAGAC